CCCUCCCUUUUCAGUGCACUACUAAAUUACAGCAGUUGAAUGAAGCUUGGACUCUUUUCCUCGAAUCGGUUUGGUAUUUUCCUCAGCUGAGACGAUCGGAAAGAUUCCUCCUGUGGGCUUGCAUCAUGGAGGUUAGCAGUCAGUCCAGCAGUCAGCAAGUUUUGUGGAAAGAUGUGGAAGCAGAAAAGCAAAAGAAGACCAGAUUUCACAACUACCACUGGAUGGCUCUGGUCUUGGCCGUGGUGUUUCUGGUGCUUGCUGUCUGUGUUUUCAGUCUGAGAUAUCUGUGGGGCCCCAGUCUGGGAAAGGUGUAUGACCAUGGGUUUAAAGCUGUGGUGGACGGUGAAGAGAUGAAGAGUGUGGUGGAGAUCAAACCAGACGACCUCACUGAGAUCCUUAGAAUGGGAAACGGCACUAAGGAGGUUGUGGAGGUGCAUGACUUUAAGAAUGGGAUCACUGGGAUAAGGUUUGCAGAACAUCAGAGGUGCUACAUCAGGACCCAAACUAAGGAACUACCCACGGUGACCGAGAUGAAGGCUGAGGACAGAGAGAUGCUGGUUGAUGAGUCAGAGGCCACGGAUAUGAAGGUGGAGGACCCCCGAGUGUGGGUACCUGCUGAGGAGCCCAUCGUUAACCUGGACUUCCUGCUUGACUCAAAGAUCUGGGAGAUUUGCCAGCAGCUGCCUAUCCACUGGAUCCAUCCCUCCCCGAUGACUGAUGGUGAGGUUCAGGAUGUGGACACACCUGAUGCGGAGGUCCCAGGUCAUCGUUUUACCCGGGACAUCCUGGAUCGCGCUCCUGUGAACGAUUAUAGGGAGGUGGGAAUCGAGCUGGAUAGCCAUUUAGAUGACCGCGGCUACUGCUGCCAGCACUGCCGACGUGGCUAUCGCUACUGCCGCCGCUACUUCGAGCCCCUGGGUGGCUACAACCCAUGGCCAUACUACUACCAAGGAGGCCGGGUCAUCUGUCACGUUGUGAUGCCCUGCAACUGGUGGAUCGCACGCAUGCUGGGGAGGAUCUGAUGUGUUGGAGCAGUUUGGGAUUCUGCUUUAUUUUUGUUGAUGAAUUUCUUUAAAAACAGCAUUUUUUAUUAAUUGAUUAUAUCAUCAGUUGCAUUAUUAGCAUUACAUUUUCUGUGCUUCCAAAAAAAAUAAAUUGUCCUUGCUUUUUUGAAAUUAUUAUAAAUUUACAUUGUCAUAUUCUACUAAUCCAUAGAUGUACACUGCACAAUAUACACUUGAGGAUGUCUCUGAUUCUUGAUAUAUUUUAUAUUAAACUUUUAACUAAAUCCUUACCGUAUAUCUACUACCCUAAAUUAGUAAGCCAUAGUUUGCAGGUACUUUUAGGUUAAAAUGCAACAUGUUUUUGUUGUGUUGUUGUUUUUCCAGCUAUUUUUUCCUCUCUUUUGGUGAACAGGUGGUGUAAAAACACACAGGUAUAUGACUUUGUUCUAGUAGCUGCAUUGGUUUGUAUGGGUGGAAUUAUCAAAAAUGCAGGUUAUUCAUAUAAUGAAGGCAGACUUGGAAUUAGAGUGUGUGCAUUAGUGUGCUUAACCAUUUAUUUAGUUCCUUCUAGUAAAUGAAAGUAAGAAGAACAUGUAAAAAUCUGUUAGUUAUUGUAAACAUUAACAUCUUUUUUGUCAGUUUUACUGACUUUUACCAGAAAUACCAGGAAGGCAUUAUGUUUUAUACAUAUGUUUUAUAAAAUCACUGCAAUUUCUUUUUCUACUACUAUUAAGGCAACCUUUUCUGACAAAUUUACAAGUCUUUAAAAAAAAUUGAGCUGUCUCUUAAAGCUCCAUUCACAAACUAUGAAAGGCCAAACCUCUCCAGCUGAACAUUGAGCUCAACGCUGUUAUACUUCCGAGGCCUUCUGGCAUAAGUCAGAAAAAAAUACAAAGGCUACUGCAUGAGUUGUCAAAAUAAAAGUUUGUUUCUUUCAAAAGUGAUUAACCUCUUUCGGCAAAGAAAACUGAAAGGCUAAUUUCUUAUUUUAAUUCAUUGCUGUUAAUCUCAAAAGAAAUCCUGUAUUAUUUUUAUCUAAUAAAAAGUAUUAAUUUACACAUAUAAUGUUUUUUAUAGGCUUGUACAACUCAAAUGUUUCUCUUUAAAAUAUCCCCUCUUUUCCAGUUUCUACUAAAACAUUUAGAAGCUUGUGAAAAGAACCUAUGACAGCCAUGUUUUAUGAGGUUGCAUAGACCGUGGAGGUAUUCCCAGUAAAGAUUAUUUUGGUUUAUAUCUCUGUCUCUUUUCCUGCUUACAUAACUAGUAGAUAAGAGUUUUUGCAAUACCAACAACAGCCCCCCAAGGACAAAACACAAAGGUGUGAAAGAAUCAACAAGAAGAGAAGCCUGCUCAAAAAUCAAGACAUGCAACAACAGAGAAAGAUAUAUAUCAGGCAAGGAAAAAAGGUUUUGAAGACAUUUUUUGGGAUAAAGAUGAGCUCUGCCUUCACACAGGUCUACAGUGGCAUUUCAGAGCCUCAUAUUUCUUUUAAAAAUAACAAGAGAUAAAUUGAAAGAUGCUGAAAAUUAUCUAUGAAAAGAAAAAUAAACCAGCACAGAAACAGAAGAUUAAGAUGGCCAAGCUUUGAUAGUGAACUCAGUGUUACAAACUGGCUUUUUUAUUUUGUUUUUGGCACCAAACUAAACUUUGCUUGUGCAAUUAAAUUGGUAGGAAUCUAUAGUGUCUUUUGCGGUGUACUUACUGAUCAGUUCUCCUCCUUUGUUUCCACAGCUACUGCUGCGGUCUGUACAAAAAAAAUAAUAAAAUAAAAGCCUUAAAAAAGUGUUUCUGUUUAAACAUUCCCUGCUUUGCUCAGGCUGUUAUGAUCUGUAACAAUGCAUCUCACAGUGCUGAGCUUAAAAAACCCUAAUCUGUUAAUAACAGAUAAGCAUAUGAGAUGUGCAUUUGUAAUUUAUGUUCUUUGAUCAUAAUGACAAGGUGCACAAACACCCAGGAGAAUCAAAAUUACAAGAGA